AUGCCACCAAAGGCCGCUUCUUCUGCUGCUCCCAAAGCCAAAGCUGCCCCAUCCGAUCAUGCCAGCUACCAAGACAUGAUCAUUGAUGCUAUCAUCAACUUGAAAGAGUUUCCGCAAUCGAUAUUCGACGCCCGUAUCCAACUCAAGAAGUACCUCAAGGCCAAUAACAAAAUCAAUGCUAGUGAUAGCAUGUUCGAUUCUCUCUUCAACCGCGCUUUGAAGGCUGGUGUCGCAAAGGAGGUUUUCAUUAUGCCAAAGGGUUCCUCCGGCACUGUUAAGCUUGCACCAAAGGCCAAGAAGGCCCCCGCCGAUAAACCAAAGAAGGCUGCCACCGAGAAGAAGACCACUGAGAAGAAACCCGCCGUUAAGAAGGCCGCCCCAAAGAAGGCAACUGCCACCAAGGAGCCAAAGGAGCCAAAGGAGAAGAAGGAAAAGACUGGUGAUGCCGCUGCUAAGCCAAAGGCUGCCCCAAAGAAAGCUGCCGCUAAACCCAAGGCUGCUGCCACCAAGGAGCCAAAGGAGCCUAAAGAGAAGAAAGCAUCUGUUGCCAAGCCAAAGAAGGCUGCCGCCCCUAAGGCUGCGCCAGCUGUAGUUGAAAACCCAACUGUCCUCAAGAAGACAGCAUCUGGACGUGUUACCAAGACCAAGAGCGAUGGUCCCAAGAAGGCUGCUGCUCCUAAAAAGACAGCUACCAAGAAAACCACCCCUAAGAAGGCUGCUGCAUAA